AGAUACUAAUUGUGCUAUUUUUGCAAUACAUUGUAAUGGAAGAAAGCUACGAAAUCAUCGCAUCUGCAUCCCAAGAUAGCAGACCAGCAAAGAAGGGAAUCCGGAAACUCGAAGCAAAAUGGACAAGCGCGGAGACGGAGAAAAGCGCUCUGGAAGGAGAUAGCUGGCGAAAUGAAGAUGGCACCGUCCGAAAUAAAAAACAAGUAGAACAGUUUGCGUUGCUCCUUCGGGACAACUUUAAACAAAAUGAAUUCAACAAAGAGUGGACAAGGAGCUUCUACCAAGCAACUACCACAAAUCUUCCAUUUGUUAAAGUUUCUAGAACCGACUUUGCGAUUGGAGGCACCAACAAUUUCAAAUUUGCAUAGUAUGUAUGCAUAAUUUACAGUACACAUAUUUUGUUCUAUUGUAUUAUUAAUUUCGUUUCCUUGUAGGACUUGGGUACUUUGGAUACCAUUGAAGAAAAUGAGAACACUCAGACACCAACUAUUGUCGCGAGACGACGCCGUAAUGACGAUUCGUCGUAUAUUAAAGUAGU